AUCACUCAAGAUGGCCGCCUCCAUCAAGAUGACCGGGGUGUGCCGGGGGGAAAGGGGCAGCAAGAUAGUCUGAGACGGUCUAGCGUCGGACCAUGUGGAAGUUUCUGGGACUAGGGUGCCUGAUGAUGGGGGGUGGGGUCCGUGGGGGGUAGAGGGAGCAAUAGCGUCCUUUCCCAGGCUAACCCCGGCCCCUCCCCCUCCUCUGGGAUGAAAUGGGGAACACAUUGGGCCUGGCACCCAUGGGGGCUUUUCCCCGCCGAAGCCCCCGUCGAGAGGAACCUCUGCCCAAUCCUGGGAGCUUCGAUGAGCUGCACCGGUUAUGCAAAGAUGUAUUUCCAGCACAGAUGGAGGGAGUGAAGCUCGUUGUCAACAAGGUUCUGAGCAGCCAUUUCCAGGUGGCUCACACUGUGCAUAUGAGUGCCCUGGGCUUGCCAGGCUAUCACCUCCAUGCUGUCUAUGCGGGAGACUGUCAGCUUAGUCCCAGUGAGACGCAGCAGGCCAAAUUUCUGACUUGGCAGUUUGAUGGCGAGUAUCGGGGGGACGACUACACAGCCACUCUGACCCUAGGGAAUCCUGACCUGAUUGGAGAAUCUGUGAUCAUGGUCGCUCACUUCCUGCAGAGCCUCACGCAUCGGCUGGUGCUGGGGGGAGAGCUAGUUUACCACCGGCGGCCAGGCGAAGAGGGGGCCAUUUUGACACUGGCUGGGAAGUACUCGGCUGUGCACUGGGAAGCUACAUUGAAUGUGGGGUCAGGCGGGGCCCAUGCAAGUUAUUACCACAGAGCAAACGAACAGGUUCAGGUUGGAGUGGAAUUUGAGGCAAACACAAGGCUACAGGACACAACCUUCUCCUUUGGUUACCACCUUACUCUGCCCCAGGCCAACAUGGUAUUUAGAGGCUUGGUAGAUAGUAACUGGUGUGUGGGUGCUGUGCUGGAGAAGAAGAUGCCCCCCUUGCCCGUCACUCUAGCCCUCGGAGCAUUCCUCAAUCACUGGCGCAACAGAUUCCAUUGUGGCUUCAGCAUCACUGUGGGCUGAGGUUGUCCCUGAGCCCCCAGAGCAGCUGGAACCUCUGAGUCAAGUGCCCUAGGGCCAGAGACUAGGCCCUCUUCCAGAGCCCACCUUGCUGGGUGGCCUCUAAAUCCUAGGAGCAGAGUGGAGACAGAACCAUUCCCUCCUCAGAACUGGAGCUGUCACA